CGAACCUCCUUGCACAGCGCGACGAGCCGUAUCCCUCCGCCUGCGGGGUAGGUAGGUGCGCUGAGGCUCGAGCGGCCGCCAUUUUGAAUGUCUGGUCCGUUCCUCCCUCCGCUGCUAACAGAGAAGAUUCUGGUUGUUUUCCGGCACCGUUACGGCCAAGAAUGCCAGCUCCGAUCAGACUUCGGGAGCUGAUCCGGACCAUCCGGACAGCUCGGACCCAGGCAGAGGAGCGUGAGAUGAUCCAGAAAGAGUGUGCUGCCAUACGUUCAUCCUUCAGAGAGGAAGACAACACAUACCGCUGUAGAAAUGUGGCAAAGCUGCUCUACAUGCACAUGUUGGGCUACCCAGCACACUUUGGCCAGCUGGAGUGCCUGAAGUUGAUUGCGUCCCAGAAGUUCACUGACAAGCGGAUAGGUUACUUAGGAGCCAUGCUGCUGUUGGACGAAAGGCAGGAUGUCCAUCUACUCAUGACAAAUUGCAUCAAGAAUGAUCUGAAUCACAGUACACAAUACGUCCAGGGCCUGGCGUUGUGCACUUUGGGGUGCAUGGGUUCUUCAGAGAUGUGUCGCGACCUGGCUGGAGAGGUGGAGAAGCUACUUAAAACAUCUAACUCCUAUCUGAGGAAAAAGGCGGCGUUGUGUGCAGUACAUGUUAUCAGGAAGGUUCCAGAACUUAUGGAAAUGUUCCUCCCAGCCACAAAAAACCUGCUGAGCGAGAAGAACCACGGUGUUCUCCACACAUCGGUUGUCCUCCUCACUGAAAUGUGCGAAAGAAGUCCUGACAUGCUGUCCCACUUCAGAAAGCUUGUUCCCCAGUUGGUGAGAAUCCUGAAGAACUUAAUCAUGUCUGGAUACUCUCCCGAGCAUGAUGUGUCUGGCAUUAGUGAUCCCUUCCUGCAGGUGCGGAUAUUGAGACUACUGAGAAUUCUGGGCAGGAGUGACGAUGACUCGAGUGAAGCCAUGAAUGACAUUCUUGCACAGGUUGCAACCAACACAGAAACAAGUAAAAACGUAGGCAAUGCAAUUCUUUAUGAAACUGUACUUACCAUAAUGGACAUCAAAUCCGAAAGUGGAUUGAGGGUGUUGGCUAUUAACAUACUAGGUCGUUUCCUUCUAAACAACGACAAAAAUAUUAGAUAUGUGGCACUGACAUCUCUACUAAAGACUGUACAGACAGAUCACAAUGCAGUGCAGAGGCAUCGCAGCACCAUUGUGGAUUGUUUAAAAGAUCUGGAUGUGUCCAUCAAAAGGCGUGCAAUGGAGCUGAGUUUCGCCCUGGUGAAUGGCAACAACAUCCGAGGCAUGAUGAAGGAAUUGCUCUACUUCUUGGAUUCCUGUGACCCAGAAUUCAAAGCAGACUGUGCGUCAGGAGUCUUCCUAGCUGCAGAGAAGUAUGCCCCUUCAAAAAGAUGGCAUAUAGACACCAUUAUGAGAGUCCUCACAACAGCUGGGAGCUACGUGCGAGAUGACUCUGUUCCUAACCUCAUCCAGCUCAUCACCAACAGUGUGGAAAUGCACGCUUAUACAGUUCAGAGACUUUACAAAGCCCUGCUUGAUGACAUCUCCCAGCAACCGCUGGUGCAGGUGGCCUCUUGGUGUAUAGGAGAGUAUGGAGACCUGUUGGUAUCUGGGCAGUGUGAAGAGGAGGAGCCCAUCCAGGUUACAGAGGAUGAGGUCCUAGAUGUGUUGGAAGGACUUCUGGUGUCCAACCUGUCCACCCCUGUAACCCGGGGAUACACCCUCACUGCCAUCAUGAAGCUAUCCACUCGCUUCAGCAGUGUCAACCGGAUCAAGAAGGUGGUGUCAAUAUAUGGAAGCAGCAUCGAUGUGGAGCUACAGCAGAGAGCUGUGGAAUACAACGCACUUUUCAAGAAAUAUGACCACAUGAGGCCAGCUUUACUAGAGCGAAUGCCCAUCAUGGAGAAGACUGCUUCCAAUGGCCCUACAGAGAUUGUCCAGACCAAUGGGGAGACAGAGCCCUCGGUUCUGGAUACAAAACAUCCACCCUCAGUCACUCAGCCAGCCAAUCAGGCUAAUGAUUUGUUAGACCUGCUGGGCGGUAAUGAUGUGCCAGUUAUCCAGACCACCCUGCCUACCAAGCCAGCCUCAGCUGGUGGAGAGCUGCUAGACCUCUUGGGGGACCUUUCUCUGAGUGGUGGCCCUGCCCCUGCCCCUGCCCCCUCUGUGCCCACCUCCCAGCCCCCGUUCCUCCUGGAUGGCCUUUCCUCACCGCCCCUGUUUAAUGACAUUUCAGCUGCAGGUAUUCCACCAAUGACUGCGUACAACAAGAAUGGCCUGAAGAUAGAGUUUACGUUUGAGAGAGCCAACCCCAAUCCAAACAUCGCAGUCAUCACCAUCCACGCCUCCAACUCCACUGAGGCAGACAUGACUGACUUUGUUUUCCAGGCUGCAGUACCAAAGACGUUCCAGCUGCAGCUCCUCUCCCCAAGCAGUAACAUUGUACCAGCACUCAACCAGGGAAACGUCACACAGGUCAUCAGAGUUCUCAACCCGCAGAAGCAACAACUACGAAUGAGGAUCAAGCUGACCUACACCCACAAAGGCUCACCUGUGCAAGACCUGGCUGAGGUUAAUAACUUUCCCCCUCAGUCGUGGCAGUGACAGGCUUCUCAUUAAAAGCCCUGCCAAGGGAACUAUGAAAAAGAUUCACCUCUCACCCCCUUCUUUCUUCAAACGGACUCCCUCCCCCGUGGCGUCACUGCAGAGCGCUGCCCUAGCGUUGCAUGGGAAAGCAGCAAAAGGCCAAUCACAGGGGAGAACAAUCAGAUGUUAAGAAGACCCUAAUGACUAUCGACGUCACCAGAAAAAUCUGAACACAUAUCCAUCAGCUUAACCACUUGGCAUUUUUUCCCCUCCUUUUUCUUCUUCCUUGAUUUUACCCUUGGUCUGUUUGCUUUGUCCCACAACUUCCCCACCCCUGCUACCAACACCCACACCCACAAAAAGCACAUAUGACCUACACAUGCACGCAUACACACACCGCAGGUUGAACAUGCUGUGCUCCACGUCCGAAGACAUCUUAGAGGAACUGUAUGAGCAUUUGUGUAAUACGUCGUUUUCUUUGGAGUCAUGGUUUUAUUCUUUCAGGUUUCUUUGUUGAAUUAUUGUUCAAGUUUUUUUCUUUUCAAGUCUGACAUCUAACUAAAAACUUAACGCCCUGCGUCCGUCUGCAACUGUCAAAUGUAUACUUUCCAAUCAAGAUUUCAGAUUUGCAGCUUGUGGCCAGCACAUGAAUUUAAAAAUGGGUUCUGUGUGUGUAUUUUAGCAAUUAGCUCCAAUACUUUUAUUAUGAUUAGUUUCAUGUUGAGAUACUUCACCCUAAUGGAUGAUUCUGUAAUCAUUUGAUGCAGCAGCUGCAAAGUCACGAAGUUGGCAGGAAACCUCUUUCGAUCCUUCAUCUCAUGAGUGGUUUAAGUCAUCAGACCUUGGUGUUGGUUUGAAUCACAUCGGUUUGUACUGACGCUCAUGUCAGCAUUGGUGUGAUCAUGCCUCAGCCCUCCCUGGUUCUGACAGGAGCGGUCUGUACUCUGACUGUAUUGGAGGAAAGAUGUCCAUGUUUUGUCAUAGGAAAAUAUCCACAUCCGCAUUGCCUAGUCUGACCACCUGGGGCCACCUUGAGGAGGAUGUGCUCCAAUUUUAGCGCAAAGCUUUCUGAGACCAUGCUUUAUUUUUACCUCCUGUAUGUCCAUUCAACGGUUGAUUGCUUCUCAUUGUCUGGUGAUCACGAGUUGUGGUCAGAAAUAAUUUUGCAGGUUCAUAGGCAGAUGUAUUUAUAGACUUACUGGUGGCGCGGAGAUCUCUCUGUAUUUUCCUGCAUCCAGAUACAUUCGAACAAGCAUAGGAUAUCCACACAGUAUAGCUUGCAAUCUAGAGAACUAAAUCUGUUUAUUUAAUUAACUUAGUUGUACUUAGUCACCAUGCACGUACAUUUAAAUGAAGUCUGUUAUGAAUGUAGUUACAUGCACUGAAUGCUUUCGUUCCCUUGAGUCUUCUUUUUCAUGGCCGUCUUUGAGGGAGACAGUCGUCUUGUUGGCACUAUUUUUGCAAUAGUAUGUUUUGUUUUUCUGCAGUUCUCUGACUUAAAUAUUUAUGCCUGAUAUCAAAAGUGAUGUGCCUUUCUGACAGGACUAGAUAAGCAGCCCCUGAAUUAAUCAGUUCUUCAUGAGCUGGGUUUAUAAGAGUCUGAUUGUGUGUUGACCUGGGUUUCGGGGAGAAUCUGAAGGAGAGGGGUCAGAUGGAUUUAAAGCGAGUUUUCGCCUCAGAAGAUAUCGACUCUAGAGCAGCGGUGGCUAACCAUGUGUCAUGGAGAGCCAUGUGUGCAGGUUUUCAUUCCAGCCCGACUCCACACCAGGUGG